GUCGCUCCCCAGCCAUGCCCGUGGACCUGGCCGUGCGGCUCUGCCUGAGCCAUUCGCCCCCCAUCUGCAAGCUGCUGAGCUCCUACGAGGAGCUGCGGGGCAGCCGGGGGCGCAAACCCCUCCGGUCCUGUCUCAACCAGAAGCUGAACACAGAGCCUGAGCCUGAGCGGCGAGACAGCACCAGGAGCUCCAAGGGCCAGAAGAAGAAGAAGGUCGUGUUCGCUGAUAUGAAGGGGCUCUCACUGACAGCUGUCCACUUCUUCUCAAAGAUUGAGGAGGACUUCUGUGACCUGCAGCACGCCCUGUCUGACCUUGCCCGCUUCCGACCGAGGCUGCGCGACCCGCGCCCGCAGGUGUGCGGGUAUGUCCUGGACUUCCCGCAGCCCUCCGCGGACUACGUGACGUUCCGCAGCCGCCUGCACAGCAACCUCGUCUGCCUGGAGAACUGCCUGAUCCAGGACUGUGCCCUCUCAGGGACAGUGAAGGUCAGAAACAUCGAGUAUGAGAAGAAAGUGAUGGUCCGCAUCACCUUCGAUGGCUGGAAGAGCUUCCGGGACAUUUCCUGCCAGUACAUGCACAGCACGUACGGCUCAGCUGACACAGACACCUUCUCCUUUGAGCUCGCCCUGCCCAACUCAUCCGUCUCCUGCAGGGCUGCCGAGUUCUGCAUCUCCUUCCAGUGUGGACAGAAGACCCACUGGGACAACAACCAUGGGAGGAACUACACGAUCUGCCACGUGGGCAUGAUCCGCUCUCCUUCCCAUGCUGUGAAGCGUGGCAGUGGGGCCUGGGAGCACCUCGGCGCUUCCCAGGCUGCUGCGCUGCUCCUGCCCCAGCUGCAGACCUGGCGGCGCUCCGAGAUGCAGGCCCCUUAUUGGUAG